AUGGAGCUGCCGCGGGUGCUGCUGCUGCUGGCUGGGACGGGCACGGCCGCGGGCCUGGCCCUGCUGCCCUACGUGCCCCGCCUGUCCCCCAUGGCACUGCCGGGGAAGCUCACUGCCAGCACCUUCGCCCUGGAGAGGCCCCGCUGCAUCUUCCAGCACCAUGCCAACGCCUCCGAUGCCAUCUGGCUCGUGGUGGCUUUUGCCAACGCCUCGGCCGCCUUCAGGAACCCCCCGUGCCGGGCUCAGGUGCCCCUGUACCAGCAGCUGCUCACCAGGGGCUCCUACAUGACGCUGGAGAUGGAGGUGGCCGCACACUGCUGCUCGGCCCCCGGCCCGGCUGUCCUGCGGGUCGGGGGGGACACAGCCUGCGGCGCCCACGGUGCCCGGGAGCCCUGCAACGGGCCCCUGCCCUCCCCGGGGCCGUACAGGGUGAAGUUCCUGCUGAUGGGCCGCCGGGGCCCCAAGGCAGAGAGCAGGUGGUCUGAGCCCAUCCUUCUGCGGAGAGCCAGCAGCCCAAGUGCCAUCGACCCCUCGCCCACUCGUGGUGCCAGCAGUGACGUUGUGGUCAUCACCUCCAUCCUGGCCAGCAUGGGGGUGGUGCUGGCCCUGGCAGUGCUCAGCGCCGUGGGAGCCGAGGUGUGGGCAUCCCUGUGCCACCAGGACUUGGGGACCGACACCUUCGCCCGCAAGUCCUACAGGACCCAUCACAUCCCCCCGGCCCAGCCCCCGCCCGCCGGCCCUGGGGGCAGCCCCCCAGGCCUGGGCUGCUUUGCCUCUCGUCCUCCUGCUCCAUAUUCUACCAAGUAA